GAUGAUAGGGAGAAAGACACCUGCAGAACUGCUUCACUGUGAAGCAACCCUCCCUGCAGGUGGGGAACCCAGGAGCUGGAACAGGGAUCAUUGCGUGGGUCCUUUCACUUGGUACUGUGUGCGAGUCCCCUCCAACGGGUCGCAGCUUUCCGAGAGGGGUAGCAGAGAUCCCCGCGUACCCACUCCCUAGCGGCCCUCAGCGGCUCCCGGCUCUGAGACCAGGUCGGGCCGAGGUCAGGGGUCGAGGGUCGCGGAGGGUCGGCGCAUGCGCUGUGUUCCCUCCCACCGCCCGCCCCAGCCCCGCAGGCGGCGAGGCCGAGAGCCUAAGGGCGGGCUGACCGUUGGCCCCUCCAGCGGCGCCCAGCAGCCGCUCCGCGCCUCCAUCGCCGCCCCCUCCCCGGCCGCGGCCCCGACACCCGAGCGGAGAGUCGGGGAGGGGGAGGCGCCCCGUCGGCCCGCCCCGGGGCGUGAGGAGGGCGGGUCCCGGACUUGGGACUCAGAGAAGCUGGCGGCGGCGAGGCGCCGGGAGCGGGGCGCCAUGGCGCAGCGGGGACUGUGGCCCGAGGUGCAGGACACCUGCACGUCUCUGGGGCUGCUGCUGGCCGCCGUGCUGCUGGCGGGGGCGGCGCGGGUGCUGGCCCGGAAGCAGCUGCAGCGGCCACUGGUCCACGCCUUCGUGCUGGAGCUGCUGGCUACCUGGCAGCUCUGCUGCUGCACCCACGAGCUGCAGCUGCUGGGCGAGCAGGAGCUGCUGCACCCCACCUGGCCGCUCAUACUCGUCUACUUCUUCUCGCUGCUGCACGGGCUGACGCUGGUGGGCACAGCCAGCAACCCGUGCAGUGUGCUCAUGCAGAUGCUGCUGGGGGGCAUGUCUGCCGAGAUGGGCGCAGCGCGGCUGCUGGCUCAGCUUCUGGGCGCCCUGGGCGGCCGCUUCUGCAUGGGCGCCCUGUGGGGUCUGGGGCUGACCAAGUACCACGACGGCGGCCGGAGCUUCGUCUGCAGGAACCCCAUCCAGGUGGACUUGUCCAAGGCGGUCAUCGCCGAGGCGCUCUGCUCCUUCAUCUUUCACAGCGCCCUGCUGCACUUCCAGGAGGUCAGGACCAAGCUUCGAAUCCACCUGCUGGCAGCUCUCAUCACCUUCUUGGUCUAUGCAGGAGGAAGUCUAACAGGAGCUGUAUUUAAUCCUGCUUUGGCACUUUCACUCCAUUUCCAGUGUUUUGACGAAGAAUUCAUUCGAUUUUUUAUAGUAUACUGGCUGGCUCCUUCUUUAGGUAUACUGCUGAUGAUUUUGAUGUUCAGCUUUUUCUUGCCAUGGCUGUACAACAACCGUACAAGUAGUAAAAAGGAAUAAUUAUUUCAAAAGACUCACACUAAGUUACACAACAGUUAAGCUGGAUGUGAUAAAAGAUUUUAUGAUCUCAUAUUCAGUACAGUGGUUUCACUGGAUUCAUCAAUGUUAAGUGUCCUUUGAAGAAGCUGUCUUACGGUUUUCAUCACUGAGACUUAAAUUAUUGUGUAAAUGAGGUAUCCUGUGUUUCUCAGUUAAGACUUGUCCUUUUGAGUCUGUACUAAAUGCUGCUAGAACAAGACUCCUUACAUUAAAUAUAAACCUCAAAUUAUAA